AAAAGCCUAAAAGACAACUAAACUGAGGGAGUAUUAUGGGAAUUGGGGAUUUACCCAUAGAAAUGGGGUUUUGGAAAUUGUUGACCAAUUAAUUAACUAAUGGGUGAGAGAGAAUUGGACUAUGAGUUUAUUAAUUCGGAAAAAAUGGGCAUAGCUAGAAGAAGAAGACGGACUGCAAGCGCUUCAACGAGCACCAUAUAUCAAUAUUGGCAAUGAUUUUCAAAGCAUACAUUUCAAGUUGCAGCACUAUUUUCUAUCCCAAGGGGCCGAAGGCAGUGGAAGCAAUCUCGUCUGUUGAUGAAGAAAAUUUAUGCUUUAGCAAAGAGGCCAUGAAAAACAUGAAAAUGCUUAGGAUAUUAUACAUAUGGUACGGUGGCUUCAAUAAUUGCUUGCCUGGCCAUGAUGGCUCGAUUGAGUACCUUCCUAACAACUUGCGUUGGUUUGUCUGGUAUAACUUUCCUUGCGAAUCAUUGCCAGAAAAUUUUAAACCCAAAAUGCUGGUUCACCUUUAUCUCAAAUCCAGUUCACUGUCAUUUAUGGAAGGAAACAAAGCAUUUGCCAUCUCUACGGAAGCUAGAUCUCAGCUUCUCUGCACACCUCAUGCGAACACCAGAUUUUAGGGAGAUGCUAAAUUUGGAGUAUUUGGAUUUGGGAUUUUGUCGUCUUGAAGAGUUUGACGAUUCCCUGGGGUAUUGCAGAAAACUCAUUCGAUUAAACUUGGAGGGUUGUGUAAGACUUAAGAGGUUUCCUUGUGUUAAAGGGGAAUCUCUUGAAUAUCUGAAUAUACAAAAGUGCUAUAGUUUAGAGAAAUUUCCAGAGAUCAGGGGAACAAGUAAGCUAUGGAAGCAAGAUCUCAGCAGCUCUUGGAGGAUGACGGGAACACCAGAUUUCACAGAGAUGCCAAAUUUGGAGUUUGCAUCUCUGAAAUUGUUAUGGUCUUGAAGAGGUUGACGAUUCCCUAGGGUAUUGCGGAAAACUCAUUACGUUAGAUAUGAUGAAUUGGCUUAAGAGGUUUCCAUGUGUUAACGUGGAAUC